GAGCUCCGGGGGGGGGGGACGACGACGACGACCCUGUGCCGAGCUCUGGAGGGGGGGUGACACGCUGUGCCGAGUUCUGCAGGGCGCUAUGGGGCAGCCUGCAGGGUGUGGGCUGUGCGGCGGGGGCUCAGAGCACCGCGUGGCGGUGAGCGGCAUGCGCUGACCCCGCUGUUUUCGGAGGGAUGCCGCCAUCGCCUCCCACCCUUAUCAGGAGGAAACUGCUCGGGGUGGGGUCGGAGCGGGGUGACCCCGUAUCCGGGUGUUUUGGGGCACGGCCGCGCUUCCAGCGCGUUCUUUCCUUUCAGUGCUGCGAGCCGCCGUGUCCUCUGCUGUGAUGCUGAGGUUUCCGCGAUGCUUUCAGCGCAGGGAGGGGACCUCGCGUGUGCGGAGCGGUGGCACGUCACAGCGGGGGCACCUCCAGGGCUUGGGAGGGCACGGCGGGGCCGCACCUCCCAAAAAUACAGGUGCGCCGUGGGCAGCAGCGCCUGCCCCACAGCUCCCGGUGGUUUCGGUGUGCGUCGGUGUCCCCACGUGUGCACUGUCCCCUGGGGAGCCCCGGUGGCUGCGGCUCGUGGUGCUGCGAUGCCAACUUGUGGUGGCAGCGGCUUAGCAGCAUCCCCCUUUCUGUUUGCUUUGGGGGUUGGCAGUGUGGAUCCCAGUGCAGAGCAUCCAGUGGCGGCCGUUGGUGACACGUUUGGGUCCCCUCACGGGUCCUGGCAGCCUUCACUGUGCCACCUGGGCCCGAGGUGUGUCACCCUGCUAACCAGGGUGUUGUCCCUCCCCACGUCCCACAGCCUGAGAUCUCCUGUAGUUAAAUCAGUGCAACUUUCUCACUGGAUAAACCUGAAAGGCCCCAACAUUGCCCUUUUCCCUGCCAUACAUGCAUGACAUUAAUGAAAGUGAUUUACUUCUUGCACGAACAGCUGUGGAGCUGAAGGCAGUAAGGAAGUCCUUUCUCUGCUGGCUGUGCCCUCUCCCCUUGCCCCGCUUCUCGGCUCAUCCUGCUGCAGCACUGCAGGGGACACCUCGGUUGUAAAUUCCCAUGUCAGCGCACGGCCGGCCCCUGGGUGCAGUUUGUGCAGCUGCUGCACUGCCUCCCAGGUGCCAGAAUGUGCGAGGCUGAAAGGGCUCUGGGCGAUGGGAGCAGGAUGGGGCUGGGGACCCCGGGAGCGGGCUCUGUUCCUGAUGUCGGAUGCACAGGGAUGGGCUGUCCCCUGGAGAUGGUGGCUUUGACACAGGCGGAGGAGGAAUGGCACGGAGUGAGGAGGGUGCAGUGGGGCGUGUGCCCUGCUCGCAGCUCGCAGCUCGCAGCGUGGGGUUGGGUCGGUGCUGGUGGCAGCUCGCACCCAACGCAGCUGGCACUGCUCCGCUUGCUGCUCCAGGCCGCGGGCUGCAGCUCCCCGCUCCCGCUGCAGGCAAAGAUCUCGCCUGGAUAAACCCAGCCUGCUCAGGCAGCGCCUCUCAGCUGCUUCGUGCCCAAACCGGUGUGACCGUGGCGUGGGGCUGAGAAAGUGCUCAUGGCCCCAUCGUUGCGGGACGGGGCUGUCUUCGCACCGCGGCUCCGCAUGUGACCUUCACAGAGCGCAUGGGACCCACAUCCCCACUGUGGUGAGUGGGGCUGGUGGUGGGGAGAGUCCUGGGCUGUGGGCAGGGCACGGCACAGGCUGUCCCAGACGUGUUUAUUGCUGGGGCUGGAGAACAGCUGCAGCUCUGGGGCCGGGGCGGCCAUGGCGUGGGGCGGCUGGUAUGGUUACAUGAGGCUCCGGGACGCGGCUCCAGGCGGGACGCAGCGUAUUUAUAAAUGUUCCCUCUGGGAGCCAGGGGGAGGAGGGCUGGGGGUGGGCUGGCAGUGCUUGGGGGGGCACUGAAGACUGCGGUCACCCCGCUUCCAGCCCUGUGGUGGGCUCGGGGCAGCCCUGUUGGGAGCAGGGGGGAUGCAGGUUUUGGGGAGGUGGUGCAUAGUGUCUGCUUUGCGUGCACCCCGAAGUGGGGAACCGGGGACAGCGCUGUGCUGCCAGGUUCCCAUAUUGCUUAUUGAUGCACUUGAACAGGCAACCCCAGAGCAGCAGCACCCUGUGGUUGUGUGGGGUCCCCCAGGAUGGGCUCUGCUCUGCUUUUUGCAGCACAGCGUCGCCUUGUCCUCCUCCCCAUCCCAGGGCCUCCCCAAGGUCACUCUGCUCUCCCCUCUCCACUGGGGAUGGAUCGCUCAGCCUGGGUGGUGCCGGGCAUUGCUCUUGGCUCGUCCUCACCCUAGGAACGUCCUUCUGCCUGUUAACGCUUUUAUUUUUAAUUGCCUCCCCACUCGGAGGGGAUGGGAGGGGAGGGCAGGAACUUGUCGGCUCGGGCUGUGCGCGGGCGGGCUGUGAAUUCCCACGGCGGUCAGUCGGACAGUGAUGUUUCAAUCAGUGCUGCUCUCCUGUGGCUUUGGCUCUGCUUUGGAGGCAGCGGUGAGGUCCCAGCAGUGCCUGUGGGGACGGUCCCAAUGUGCCAGCCGCUGUCCCGGUGCCACCUAAAGCUUAACUGCAUGUACAGAUGGGAACACGGCUCCUGAGUGUGUCCUUGGUGCCACCUCAGCCUUGCUGUGACAGGGGACGCACAGCCCUGGCUCAGACACCGAUGCAUUUUGAUCCCCGACACCUCCCUGCUGGGGUGAGGGCUCCUGGGGUGCCGCUGUCACCCACAGCUCCGUUAAUGUUUUUACUGCACUAAAUAUCUGGGCUGCUUCCAAGAGCAGCAUUUAACGCAUGGAAGGGAAAACAUUUGGCCUCUGACCCACGCGCCUGUUAACAGCGCCGUGGUCCACAUUGCUGAAAUGCCGGGGCUAAAAACAGUGCUGGUGACUCAGUUGCUCACUGGCGUUGUCAACUGACUCCGGGCACGAUGUGCCAAGUCCCCUCCUUUGCCUUCUCCCUUUCAGGGCUGCGUGCUGGGGCUGGGCCACCAUCCACCUGCUGCUCCAUCUCCGAGGGCACUGCUGUGCUCUGGGUCAGGGAUGGGGCUGCUCCCCCUUCCCACCUCCCAUCCUCAACCUUGAGGGCUGGAUGGGACCCAGGCACCUUCGGUCCAGCCCGAAGCGGAGCUGUGUUGGUGACGGAUCAAUGUGCUCAGGGCUGAGCCUGGUUUGAGCGUUGGGUGUCUGCAAGGAUGGAGAGUGCCACCCCCAUGGUGCCACCCCCAGACCCCAUCACGGGACAUACAGUGCCUGGUGCAGAGGGCAGAGCCGUGCUCCUCCAUGUGCUGAUGACAACGAAGGACCCCGACCUUCCUCCCACCAGGUGCCAGUGUCACCCGACCCGACAGCAGCCGCCCAGCCAAGCUGGGGUGAGGGGAGGCAGCGGGCCAGUCCCAGCUGCGUGGCAGCAGCCAGAUCCCAGCCCGCAUUGCUGGCAGCGUGGCAUGGGGGUGGCAUGGUGGCAGGUCACGGGUCCUACAUGAAUGUGUCUCCCUGGGGGCUCGCCUGUGGGGCUGUGGGGAGGAGGUUGAGCAGCGUCCCAUAGGGCUGGUGGGGAUGCUGGAGCUGCAGGUGGGGACGUGGCUGGAUGCAUGGUAGGACGCAGCCCUAUGGGGGAGGAGGCUUUGCAGAAAGAGGGGCUGUGGGGCAUCACCCAUGCAUCCUUGUCGACCUCCAGCUUUCCCACUGCUGUGCUGGCUGGUGGCAGUGGCAUGGUCAUCCUGCUGCAGUUGUGGGUGGGGAGGGGAAUCCUCGGAGGGAUGGGGGCAGCGUCUGUCCCUCCUCCCGUGCUUGCAGGAGGGAUGUCACCUGAGGGGCUGCGUGGGGCAGAGCCGGCACUAGCCUGGCAGCAGGAGGUGGUGGCCACAUCUAUUUUUGUCCCACACUGCCCUGGCGGGAUUGCUGACUGCAGCGCAGCAGUGAGGACAGCAAGCGGCUCCGCGGCCUUUUUUGCAACUUCCUCCGCCCGCGCUGCUGUCACAUUAAAAGCAGGGUCCUAAAAAUGAGGAACCACGGAGCCGGACUGGGCAGGGAGGAGCACGGAGCAGCUGCGACUGGCCGGCCCCGGUGCCUGGAGACCCCCUAAGCCCCCACAUCGCCCCCUGCCCAGGUAAUGCGUGUCCCCUUCCCGCCUGUCCCUGGUGGCUGUGCAGGUGCUGGGUCGGCUGAGUGCAGUCAUUGCCACUCUGCACCCGGAACAAGGCUGGAGCGAAGCUGUGGGGUAGGAGCAGGGAGUGCUGGGUGCUGCUGGAGCACAUCUCUGCGGGGGCUGAGCAGUGCUGUGCCCCCUACAUUGCCCACAGUGCCGCCAUGGGGCCAGGCUGAGGCAUGUAGGGGGUCCUUGCCCGCUGCCCCCCAGGUCUGCCCCUCACCACUGCGUUUGAAAAAUCAGAACCAGGAAGGAAAGCUCGGCGGGUGCCCGCAGCUCACAGCAAGAUGCGGAGCUGCUUUCACUUCUUCCUUCUCCGUUUCCUUUUCUCAGCCCUCGUGCUUGUCAGUGGAGCAACACAGGGCUGGGGAGCUGCUCACCCCCCUGACUGCCCGAGGCUGGGGCUCCCCGGAUGCUGGGCUCUGCGCUGGGACAGAGAGGUGCAGCUGUGCAGCGUCACUCCCUCUGCACCUCUGCUUUUCUGCUGCAAGCAGAGGAGGAGAUGCUGCGCUCGCUGCAUGCACUGCUGGCAGCGCGGGUGCUGCUUUGCUGCGGAGGGCAGCGUGAUCCCGCCCGGGGCUGCAUCUGGAAGCUGCCCUACGGCAUGUUUUAUUUGUAAUCCCCGUUUCUUAACCUGCUUCUCUUUGCCAUCCAGGCACGCCUGACCCCUGAGGUGCGCUUGGGGUUGGGGCGAUGGGGUGGAGGUCAGGACAGCAGCGCGGUGCUGGGAGCGGGGCGCUCCUGGCUGCGUGUGUCCCCUCAGGUGGCGGUGCCGCGCGUUGCGGAGCAGCACUGGGGUGGCACGGCUGAGCGCACAGCAGUUGCCGAGCAGCCGAUGCCAGCUCCUUUAUCAGCUGUUGUCUGCACCGGCUGCAGCCCGCUGCGGGGCCGAAGGGCAGCGCUGGGGCCACGCACAGUCCUGCAGGGUGGGUGUCACUGAGGCAGCUCCAGCCACAGUAAUUCCCGAGUGCUGCCGGGGCGAGGGAGGGGCCACCUGCUGAAAUAACACCCCCAGAGGAGAAGCAAGGAAGGGCCAGAAAUACCCGUGCUGCUGUGGCGCACUGGAGGUGCUUGGAAGGGAGAGAAAUCCCAUGGCUCUGGUCCUGCUGCUUUUGGGCCUGAGAGCUGAGGCGCACUGCCCCAAAACCCAUCCCUACCUACAGAUUGGGUUUUUGAGCACUGAAAGCUUCUCUGGCAUUGGGCUGCGAUGCUGCGGCAGUGUGAGGCUCUACUUGUCCCCCCGAGGAGACCCCCGGGGCGGCUCUGCAGGGUUUGCUGCACAGGUUAUGUUUCCCAUGGUGCGUCUCCACUGUGCACCUUGCAGUGCAGCGUGUUCCCCCCAGCCCUCCCCGUGUUUCACCCCAGCCAUCUCUCCAUGCCUGCUGCUCCUUGUGCCCCCCACCGCCUCUCUCCAUCCCCGGCUCCGCUCUCCACUUGGUGAGCGAUGUGUGCUGUUGAGCAGUGCCUGCACACACCCUGCUGUCCUGCAGCUGGACACACCGGGGCUGUACGUGGGGACAGAUCCUCACCCGCCCCGUGGGGUCCCCUCCAUGCAGGGAGCAGGGCUGGGCUGGGACAGCAGGAACGCUGCCGGUGAGCACCGCGCCCACUUCUUCCUGGAUGCCAACGCUUUUCACCUUCCCUGGAAUAACAGGAAUCCCAGACUCGGUCCAACUGCGGAAGGAUGUGUCCCCAGGGUGGGAGGUGUCCCUGGGGCGGGUGCUGGGCAAUGCCAGCCCUGCAGUGCUGCCCCGGUCCCCAUCCCACCCUGCUGUCUCCCUCCUGCCCUGGGCUCCUGCUGAGGCUGAUUCAGAGUGAAAGCAGAAGCUGCCGGCUGCUCUGGGGGGGUGAAGCCAAGCAGAACGCAGUGGGUUAUUUUAAACCUGACCUAAUUUGCCACCCCUCUCCUUAUUGCAUGCUUGGGGCAGAGCCCCACUCUGACCACUUUCCCCAUCCCCUCUGCAGGUGUGAGCGGGGCUUUCCCAGGGGGACAAGGAGUGCUUUUUGCUCCCACUGCCCCUGGUACCUACACAGGAGCAGCUGGGGGGUCCUGCAGCCUGGCAGGGUGGGAGGAGUGGUGCCAUGGGGUGAGCAGUGCCAUGGGAUGAGUGGUGCUGUGGGAUGAUAGUGCUGUGCUGUGGGUGGUACCCUCUUGCCCGCCAUGCCGGCUGCGCUUUCUGAGAAGCACCCUGGAAGCCUCAGAGGGCUCUGAGUGAGACGGCUCCCCUCGCCCUGCACGCUGGGUUUCCCAGUGCCCGAGGUGCUGGCCCCUUGCUGGUCACCUUCCUGUUGCUGCCCUCCGUGUGCCAUCACCCCACACCCAGCCAGGGAUGCAGCUUACCGGUGCAUGCGGCCCGCAUGGAGCUGCUUGCUUGGAAAAGGGUGGAUGAAACCAAAGGUUCCCCUUGAAAUCCCAUCCAGCCAUCCCCUGGUGCUAGCACACCCCCGAAAACACCAUUGUCUGGGGCCAGUGCUUUUCCCCUCCAGCCCUGGCUGUUUGGAUGGUUUACCUGAAGUCCUGGCUGCCAUGGAGGCCUUCCCUCUCACCCUGCACUCAGCAUUUGGGGUUAUGAUGUCCCUCGUGUGCAUGAGCUGUGAUUUGUCCCCUUUGCCUCGUGUUGCUUAUUGCAGGCUGUCCCAUGACACCGCUGUCUCCCACCAGCCUCUAUGGGACUGCUGCUCAUCCCGCGUUCUCCUGCUCCGAAGCUCCAUCCGAUGCCUGUCCCAGGCUCCUCUGCUCCCAUCCCCCUUCGGAUGGGCCACCAUGUCUAAUUAAUUACCUUCCUCUUGCCGCUCAAUAGCUGGCUCUUGAUCCAUGUAAUCGUAUUUCUGUCCAUGCUGGCUUGAUUUAAUUUCCCCCUUAGGAUAUUGCGUGGCACCACGUAUCAGAUGCCUCGCCGAAGCCCUGGUGUGCUGUCCCCACCAUGCCCCCUUUGUCUGCAAUUAUGCAUUGUAUUUAAACAGCAGAGCCCUCCAGAUCUGACUGGCUGUAUACCACAGCCUGGGUGCUCGGCUUUGUCCUGUGUGCUUUGAGAGGGGACAGGGACUCUGUGCAGCCCCAGUCCCACACAACAGCUCUGUGCCCCCAUCUCAGCCCCACGUGGCAACCUGGCCCCAUGGUUUGCAGCACAUCACAGCCCAGACAGGGCAUCCUGCAGCCGUCCCCUCACCCCACAGCUGUCCCUUGUCCCAGCAGCCCUGUCCCCUGCCCUCCCCGGGCCGCCAUCCCCUUUGUACGGAGGAACAAGGGCUGCGCUGUGUCCCCCCACACCCCACUCGCGUGCCGGCCCCGCACAAAGCCAUGUUGUUUGCUCGUGCUGCUGGCUGCAGCCUGCCUGCUGUGCCAGGCACCGCGUUGCCUUCUCUGCCCGGCCCUCCUUCACUUUCUUGUUCUGAUUUGGGCUGCUCCUGCUGCCUGGAUUGUUGCUCUUGCUUUGUGCUGUGUUUUGGGGUUGGUGGCUCGGGGCGAGCUUCUGCAGAUGCCUGUCUGAGCUGCCCGGGCACAGAGAUCCACGAUGCUCCAUCUCCUUCAGGCUGUCCCCGCGUGCCCUGUUCCCUCCUCCCUCGCAGUGCCCAGGGAGCUGCAGGCAGAGCUGUCUGUCAUUAGGGCUGUCUGACUCACCCACGUACUCACCCACGUUCAGGCAGUGCUCAGCACCCGAUGGCAGCGCGCAGACUGGAGGCUUUGUUACCCCAACGUAGUAAAGUCGGAUGCAGGACCUCUCCUGCCGCUCAGGCGGAGCACUGCUGCUCCAGCACAUGGGGCACACCUGGUCCCUCCCUGUGCCUCAGUUUCCCUGCUGCCGUUCCUGAUGCACAGUGUUACCCCCUCACUCACAGGGUCACCUCCGUGCCUGGCCUGCAUCCCACUGCCCCGCUGCACCAUGGCGUCCCGCAUCGGGCUGCGGAUGGAGCUGAUGAAGCAGCAAGCGCAGCAAGAGGCCGAGCGGGAGCGCGCGCAGCAGCAGCUGAUGAUGAACUACAUGCAGCAGCAGCGCAUGCCGGUGGCCUCCACUCCUGCCAUCAACACCCCCAUCCACUACCAGUCCCCACCGCCUGUGCCUGGAGAAGUCCUCAAGGUGCAGUCCUACCUGGAGAACCCCACCACCUACCACCUGCAGAAGUCACGGGAUAAGAAGGUUCAGGCGUAUCUCUCCGAGACCUAUGGGAACAAGUUUGCUGCCCACGUCAGCCCUGCCAGCCACUCGCCAAAGCCACCCCCGGCUGCGUCCCCCAGCGUCCGGCCCGGCCACAUCGUGUCCUCCUCGGCAGGCAACAGUGCACCCAACAGCCCCAUGGCCAUGCUCAACAUCGGCUCCAACCCCGAGCGGGAGUUCGAUGAAGUCAUUGAUGACAUCAUGCGUCUGGAUGACGUUCUGGGCUAUAUGAACCCCGAGGUCCACAUGCCCAACACACUGCCGAUGUCCAGCAGUCACAUGAAUGUCUAUAGCGGGGACCCCCAGGUGACCGCUUCUCUCGUUGGUGUCACCAGCAGCUCCUGCCCCGCCGAGCUCACCCAGAAGAGAGAGCUGACAGAUGCUGAGAGCCGAGCCCUGGCAAAGGAGCGCCAGAAGAAAGACAAUCACAACCUGAUUGAGAGGCGGCGAAGGUUUAACAUCAAUGACCGCAUCAAGGAGCUGGGGAUGCUGAUCCCCAAGGCCAACGACCUGGACGUGCGCUGGAACAAAGGGACGAUCCUGAAAGCUUCUGUGGACUACAUCAAGAGGAUGCAGAAGGACUUGCAGAGGUCGCGAGACCUGGAGAACCACUCUCGGCGGCUGGAGAUGACGAACAAGCAGCUGCUGCUCCGCAUCCAGGAGCUGGAGAUGCAGGCACGCGUGCACGGGCUGCCCACGUCCUCACCCUCAGGCGUCAACGUGGCCGAGCUGGCUCAGCAGGUGGUCAAGCAGGAGGCUGGCGUGGAUGAGGGGAUGCUGGAGCCGCUGCUGCCCCCUCCUGACCCUGAGUCGCAGCCAGCAAUGCCUCCUCCACCGCAGUCCCCCUACCACCAGCUGGACUUUACCCACAGCCUGAGCUUCGACGACGGCUCCCAGGGCUUCCCGGACAGCCUGGAGCCCAGCCACAGCACUUCCUUCCCUUCCCUAUCCAAGAAGGAGCUGGACUUGAUGCUGCUGCAGGACACCAUGCUGCCCCUGGCCUCCGAUCCCCUGUUCUCGGCCGUGUCCCCUGAGGCCUCCAAGGCCAGCAGUCGCCGGAGCAGCUUCAGCAUGGAGGAUGCAGACAUGCUGUGACGAGGAGCUGUGCCCGCGCUGGGGGCAAGGACUGAGCCUUCAAGUUUGGUUAGUGAAGUCACAGGGGACUCUUCCUCCCAGGGGAGGAGCCCGUCCUGCUGAGCACUUGAAUCUACAUAGGAGUACAUUUUCUCUAUGCAACGGGGGUCUCGCUUCAAGGCUCGCUGGGUACCACCAUGUCUUUUGCAAGCUUUUUUGUUGCCCGGAGCUGGAGCCGACCUUCUUGGCUUGCCGUGGCGUUGGCCUGGCUGCAGCUUUCCCAGCCAGGCAGCAUGAUCUCGGCUGCUUCGCCUCCCAGUGCGUCCCCACUGUGCUCCCCGCGCAGGGCUCGGAGCACGGAGCUCCACGUCCUGGGUGCGAUGCUCACAGCUCUCUGCCUCACUGCCCCCUCCCAGUCUUCCCCUGCAGUGCUGCUGAUGGCUUUGUCACCGUGUCACCUCCCCGCUGGGGCUCCUCCUGACAGUGCCUCUCUGGGGCAGCGGGGAAAAGCAGUGCUCAAAUGGAGCAAGCAAAUUCCUGGGGUGUGGGAGGGGAUGUCCUACUGAAUUUUGUUGCUUUGGUGUCCCAGGGGGUCCGGCAGCACCAUGUCCAUCAUCCUCCACCCUGUGGAAGUGCCUCUGCCCUGAAACACCAUGCUGUGCUCUUUUCUGGGGAGCAGCACGGGGUUUUGAUGCUGAUUCUUUGGGUGCAUGCUGAGGGCUGAUGUUCUGCCCUGCAUGGGCAUGGCGGCAGCGCUGGGGAUGGUCUGUGCUCAUUGCUAAACUUGAGCAUCGCUGCUUGUCCCACUGUCAGCAGCGUGCUCCCAGCCUCACCUGUGGGGCUGUAGGAAGUGGGUCAUUGCUUCCCAGCAAUGCUGGCGGCAGGGGGGGAGCUGGGGGCACGAGGGGGAACGGCUCAGAGUGAAAGUACUGCACUGAUUUGUGAAGCCCAAAGAGGAGCACCAGGGAAGGCUGCAUGGAGGAGGUGGACCCCUCUGCAGUGCCCCAUGACUCCGCAGCAUUGUGGGGCUGAGGGAGGUUGGGUGUUGGAGAGCAGGAGCCUGUGUGGGGAUGGGGGCCGGCACAUGCACCAUCCCACGCUGAGGAUGGGGAACGGUGGAGUGGGGUGGGGAAGGGAUGGUGAGGCAGCCCUCAAGGAAUGCUGCAGAGGUACCCGUGGGGUGUGGAUGGUGCAGGGAAGUGUGAAGGGUGGCGGGAGAGGAGGCAAGGGGCAGAGGGGAGGUGGCAGCGGGGCUGGCAGUGGCCAGUGGGUUUGGGGCUGUUUCACCCCAUAUGUUCACUGGAGGCCUUUGGGCAUCACUGCCAUCAGUGCCUGCAAAGACAGAGGUCCUCCAGGGUGAGACAAUGUCCUCCAGGAUGGGACAGUGUCCUCCAGGACGGUUACGCUGGGCCCUCCUGCUGCUGGGGGGCAUCUCCCAAGGUGUGAGCAAGCAGCUGUGGAUUCUUGUUAUUUUUUAAAUCUUUUCAGAGGUUUUGUUUGUUUUUGUUUUAUUUUUGUUUUAUUUUUUAAUGCACUGUGCUCUGAUUAAAAAAAAAAAAAAGAAAUUUUACUACUGUUUUAUAAAGAAAUGUAUAAAAGAAUGAACUGGAAUGGAAGAAGAAUGAUUAAAAUAUAUUUAUUUACAACAUG